AUGGCUCCAAUUUUCUUCGAUUAUCAACGUACUCCGAUGAGUCUGAAGAAGACAAAAAUGGCUUUGGACGUCUUCAGCACUUACUUGGAGAGGGCUGGAACCAAAUACGUUGCAGCAGAUAACGUGACAAUCGCCGAUUAUCAAAUGAUCACUGCCACCAUGUGUCUAGAAGCCAUCAACUUCGAUCUUACCCCAUGGCCUCUGGUAUGCAAAUGGUACUCCACCUUCAAGCAAGAGAACCCUGACCUCUGGGCAAUCGUCGUCGAAGGCAUGAAGGAAAUCGCUGACUUCGAAAAGAACCCACCAGAUUUGAGCCACAUGGUCCAUCCGAUCCAUCCAAUUCGCAAAUAAUUGCUUUUUCUAUUAUAUUAUUCAUAUUGUUUAUCUGGUAAAUAAAGUUCUCUAAUGAUAAAAAUAUAAGCGAUUUGCGAAUCCA